AUGGCGUGGUUCAGCAAUCAAUGGUCGCGACUACAAAAUGCGGUCAACGACACGUUUGAUCCCAUAGGCGACGGCACAUUUUCACCUUAUGCUCAGCAUAAUGAUCCGGGUCAAGCCUCGGCGAGUGGGAUGGCUGGUGGCAGCUCGGGCAGGACUCCGUUUGGUAGAGCGAACUCUAGCACUACGGAUGGGGCACCUAUCAAGCACAUCAAUGUAGCGUGGGGCAAGCAAAGGUCAGUGUCCAGGCAGAUCCGAGAGCAAACAUACAGGCAUUGUGUGCUAGCGCGCACAUGGAAGCUCGAGAUGUGGCGCAAUGGGUGCAAAUAAUGCUGCUCGCUGGCGUUGGAGUGCUGGAUCCCAGUCCUUGGUUGCGCCCAAGCGACCUCAAAUCGCCCAAGCUGAUGCCUCCGGUCGAUUGAAGCUGACACACUCGCGCUUUCACUUCGCCUAUGCACAAGUCAGGUUAUCCAUCAACCUGCCACCAAGCCCACCACCAACGCUGGGCAUUCUGAAGGCGCACAUCGCCACUCAAACAUCCGUACCCUACGACAACAUCAAGCUGAUAUCGUCGGGGUUCAUUCUUCGUGACGACCGAGCCGCCUUGUCCUCUUUUGGCCUCAAAGAUGGAUCCAAGCUGACCCUGGUAGGCUCGACAGACGGCGCUCCUCCCAUCGGAGAUCGACCGGGUGGGAAAGCACCUCCUCCACCUCCUCCAAAAGAAGAGCAAGAACCGGAGAGCGAAUCUUCGUUAAUUUCUCGCAUAGAGACGAUCCUGGACGGUGUGAGGAGGGACUUGGGACCGGAUAUAGAGGCUUUCUGCGCCGGUCUGCAGCCACCCAGUUCUCCCGCCGAGAGCAGAUCCAAGACGCAGAAAAGAUUGAGCGAGUUGCUGCUGAGGGCUUUGUUGGCUUUGGACAGCGUCGCUGUCACUGGUGAAGAGAGCAGGUUGAAGAGAAAGGAAGCUGUGAAAGAGGUUCAGUCUAGAUUGGACGAAGUGGACAGGGCAUGGGCCGAGAGCAAGAUGGCCGAGAUGGAGAAGAGCAAGGAGGCAUAG